AUGCGCGCCGCCAGCACCGCGCACGCCCUCCUGGCUGCUGCUGCCGCCAUCACCGCCGCCCAGGCCGACACGGAGAGCAUCCUGACGGGAGCCGUCCUCUCGACAGAGGCCAUCCUGACCGGGGCCACGCUCUCCACCGAAACCGUCUUGACGGGCGUCACGCGCCAGACCUCCGAGGGCGUCCUGACGGGCGUCACGCGGGAAACCUCUGUCCCGACUUCCACCGGGAGCAUCCUCACCGGCGUCACCCUCGAGACGUCCAUGUCUGUUCCCGCCAACACCAGCGCCGCCGGGCCUACCGGCUCGCAGACGGGCGUGCCUGUCGCCGGCGCGGCCCUGGGCUCGCAAAACUCCCGGCUGGUUCUGGGCGCUGCUGUUCUCGUGGCUGCGCUGGCGGUCUCUUGA